CAGAUCCAGCCCCAGCCCCAGCACCGCCUCACCCUGCCGGCGCUCAGCCCGCGAUGCUCAAGGCGGCUUAAGGAGCUAGGGGAACACCUGGCUGGCUCCUGGGCACCCUCUUCUCCCUGGCAUCCCCCUCCCCCCACCCCCUCCCGACAUCCCGGGGCCUCCCUCACGUUGUAGGACAAUAGGCAGGAGGACCACGAAGCUUCCCAGGCCAAUGGAUCACAAACUGCAGCUCCGGCACUCGGAGAAGAACAUCCCCAGGGCUGUGGGGGCAGCGUUCUGCCUCCUCCAGAUCCCGGAGCCGGAUCCCUUCAGCCUCUGGGUUUAGGUGCAGCCACCCGAGCGGUUUCACCUCUCCUGGACCCGGUGCCCACCCGUGGAGACCUCCCCCCGCCUCCCACCUUCAUCCUCCUUGCCACAGGGGAGAGGGGGCAGGGUCCCCCGAUGGACCCUCCAGGGUCCGGCCAGCCCGGGGCGACGCUGAGCACCACAUGAGUGGCAGAGGGCCAUGGCCAGCGACGCGAGGAUGGGAGAGCCCCCAGCGAGGUGGAGGAGGGGCCAGGAAGCGGCAGAGGACGGCAGAGGGACGGACAGCCUCGGGCUGGUCCUGCCCCGUGGCACCGUUCCGGAGCUGGCACUCGUGGGCCGCCCGGAGCCUGGCAAGCUGAGCUCUGGACCGAAGGGAUGCCCUUGGAGGGGCUCCCAGGGAUGUUUGGGACCGAGACAGGAGCUCGACAGCGCCAGGCUGGGCUGCCCCUACCCACCGGCCCCACCGUGCCUGCGGGAUGCCCUGUGCCACCCGAAGGAUGGAGCCGAGCUGGCACCGCUGCUGCCACCCAGGAACGGGCAGCCCAAGGCAGGCUGGGCCGAGCCCUGCAAGGAGCACCCCGGGCCACGCUGGGCUGAGGCCGUGCUGGCACCCCUGGCACUCUACAGCCACGCCUACCACCGCUACCCCCUGCCCUUCCCAGGGCUGGACAGCCAGCAGCUUGGCACCCCUGGCACCCCUGGCAAGCCUCGAGGGACCGCGGGGGACAGGGAGCCCUCAACGUUCCACCACUGCCCCUUCCUCCUGGAGGCCAAGCACAGCCCCUACCUCCUGUCCUCCCUGCUGCCCACCCCAGCCCCAGCUGACCCCCACUUCGGUGGGGGGGGACCAGAGAGACCCGGGACAAUGGCUGAGGGGCACUUUGCUGGCACGGACUGGCACCUGGGCUCUUAUGUGCCCCCCUGGGGCCAGCCACUCUACCUGGGGCUCCCAGCGAGGUGCAAAGCAGCUCCAGCUCCCUACCAGGACUGCUCCAGCUCAGGGAACAAGGAGUUUUACCCCAAGAAGGAGCCUGGCAUCACCCCCCCCGCCAAGGACCGGGCACCAUCGCAGCUGCUGGGCAAGGAGCAGGAUGGAGCCGGGAAGGGGGAGCUGGUGGUGCCACAGCUGCCAGAAACCCCCUGGAGGGAUGGCAGAGCUGGGGGCAGCUCAGGGAUGCCAGCUCCCCACCCCCUCACGCCUCCCCCCAGCGCCAGCCACCCGCUCUUCCUCCUGCAGCCUGGCACGGCAGGGGGCUGCGGGGGGCCCUGGGUGGGCACCCGGCCCCGUGCCACCGAUUUCCCCCUGGAAGCAGGGCCGGGCCAGCCCUCCGAGCCCAAAGCCGAGCGCCUGGCACACCAAAGCCUCCAGCCUGGCUCACUACCGGCGCCGGGAGAAGCAGAACCAUCGCCUCCCCUCAAGGACGGGCACUGCCCAGCCCCCCUCGCCAAGCCGGAGCCAUCCCCGGCUUGCCUCUGCAGCGUGCCAGGCUGUGAUGGGUGCCCGGGGGUGGGCUGCGGGGGGCUGGGUCCCUUCGAGCCCAACCUGGGCAUCCCUGGGGGCCACUUCCCGUGCCCCCCCAGCAACCACACCAAGCUGAAGAAGACUUGGCUGACGCGGCACUCGGAGCAGUCCCUGCCGCGCUGCAAAGCGCCGCGCCGGGACGGUGCCCAGGAGCCGGGCACCGAGGGCAAGCGCUCGGCCAAGCGCCCGCACGGCACCGGGGACAGCGCCGCGGUGGCCAAAAGGGGCACCAAGGCCACCCAGCGUGUGGCUGCAGCGUGCCAGGAGGGUGGCACGGAGGGCAGAGAGGAGAGGAGGAUGGAGCUGGGAGAGGGAGGUAAGGCUGAGGGGACCCACCCAACGGUGCCAGCCCCUCCUGGCUGCCGUGUCCCCAUGCAAACGGUGUCCCAAAGUCACCUCCUGUCGCCCCCAGACCCACCCAACGGUGCCAGCCAGGAGCCGUGGUGCCUGCAGAGUGUGCCCUGCACUGCCUUGCCCAAGAGCAUCCCGCGGUGCUGUGCCUGCGCUGCCCGCGCCGUGGGGGACCCUGAAGGGGAGGAAGAGGAGGAGGAGGAGGAGAAUCCUCCCGAGAGCACCUGCAGACUGCUGCACUUCCGCAGGUUUGCCUUUGGGGACAGUGGGGAGCUGAGCAUCGAUGGCUUCUGCACCCUGGGAGGGGCAGAAGGGGAGAGGCUGGAUGGGGCCAGCCCCAAGCGAGGGGCCAGGGGCUCGGGGCCCCCUCUCUGCCUGGCCAAAUACCUGCUGGGCGUCCUGGGGGACCCCUUCUGCCAGGCUGUCUGCAGGGACAGGGACACCUUGCCAGGAGCUGCCGGUGGGCCUGAGGGAGUGACAGCCUGGAGGCGGGGGGAAGGAGCCCCCCACUUUUGUGACGCCUGCCAGCGCGGCUUCUUCAACUCGCACUGGAGCUGUGCCAGAUGUGGCUUCCAGCUGUGCCCCGACUGCCGCCGCAGCAGGCAGGAGGCUGACGGCCACGAGGGUCCCACACGGCCACCUGAGUGCACCCCGGGCCGAGACCACCGCGGCGCCUCCCUUGUCCCCACGCAGUUUGUCCCCACCAGUGUCCUGACCCAGCUCUGGCAGCUGCUCCAUGAGGUCAGGGCCAAGUUCAGCAUCGAAUCUCACUGCCCCUGCCGGGAGGGGGCUGCAGGGCACAGCCCGGGGGGCACACAGGAGCUCCCAGGAGCCACGGUGCCCACCCUGCCACCCAGCAAUGGCCAAGCUGAUACCUCCAGACCCAUCAAGGAAGAGAGCCCCGAGGGGAGGUCACCGUCCCCAGGGCAGCCUCCUCCUCUUCCUCCUCCCCAGGGUGGGGGCACCGUGCAGCCCUCCACCCUCUGCGACCUCCUGGCCUCCACCGCUGUCAAGCUGUGCCUGGGGCAGGACGGGGUCCGCAUGGCCUUCGCCCCUGUCUCACCUGCCUUGCCCAGCGACAACCGCCUGACCAGCAUCCUGGACAGCAUCAUCGCCCGGGUGGUGGAGAAGAAGAUCCAGGAGAGGGAGCAAGUGGGGAGCAAGCUGAACCCCCCCAGUCCUCCCGGCCCCCCAGCUUCCCACUGCAUCCUGGCCCCCAGUGGCUUGCUCUGGUUGCAAGACCCCAACCACACCAGCAGCUACAAACUCUUCCAGGAGCAUUGGCGGCGAGGCCAGCCUGUCCUUGUUUCAGGGCUUCAGAAGAGGCUGGAGGGGAGGCUGUGGGGCCCAGAAUCUUUUCUGCCAGCCGAGGGGGAGCAGGCACUGGAGGUGGUGAAUCUGAGGGCACCCAAGAGCCGGCUCAGGAUGGGCAGCAGGGAGUUCUGGGAUGGUUUUACUGCAUCCCAGGAGCAGGGUGCUGGUGACCUGCUGAAGCUGGAGAGCGGCUUUGGGGCCAUGGAGAAGUGCAGGGCUGCCAACCUGAGUGCCAUCCUCCCACUGCCAGAGUACUGCAGUGCCAGCGGCUGCCUCAACCUGGCCACCUACCUGCGGGGCCGGCGGGGCUGGCGCUGGCUGCGCCCCAGGGUCAGCGUGGCUUACGGUGUGCAGCCCCAGGACCCGACCAUUGGCACCAAGAACUUAACGGUGGAGGCCACAGACUCCGUCAGCAUCCUGGUGCACGCCGAGGGGGCACGGCAGGAUGUGCCCCUUCCUGCUGAUGGUGACGGCCUGGAUGCCCUGCAGAAGGAGAGGCUCUGGGCUGCGGGCAGCCAGCCUGGUGCCCUGUGGCACAUCUUCCGUGCCGAGGAUGCCAGCCGCAUCCAGGAGUUCCUGCACAAGGCAUCUGAGGACCAAGGAAAGGAGGGGGAGGCCCCAGCAGAGCCCCCCAGCCUCUACCUCGACUUCUCCUUGCGGCGGCAGCUGCGUGAGGAGUGGGGGGUGAGCAGCUGGACCCUCCUCCAGUUCCUGGGGGACGCAGUGCUGGUCCCUGCUGGGGCUCCCCACCAGGUGCAGACCCUCACCAGCACCAUCAGCGUGGAGCAGCGGUUCCUGUCCCCAGAGAACAUCACUCACCUGCGGGACCCCGGCAGCCCCCUCCCCAGGGCUGCUCACCAGCUGCGUGCCCAGCUGGACGCGAUGAUCUUCUCCGCUGUGCGGGAAGCCGUGGAAGUUCUGCAGGGCUGCAAGUGAGGUGGCCCUGGCAGCUCGGGAGGAUGCUUGCACAAGGCUGGAGCUCUGGUGCCAGGAGGAGCCAGGGCCGGGCACCUCUUGCUUGGUGCUUUGCUCCCUGCUCACCCCGGGGAUUCUU